AUGGACAAUACACCCAGGCAGCUCUUUCAGACCCCCAGUAACGUCUACGUCCUCCAGCAGCCAUGGCAGUUCGUCAAGGAGCUCGGCCAGGGAGCGUAUGGAUGCGUCUCCUCUGCGCGCCAUGCGCAAAGCGGCGAGACAUGUGCAGUCAAGAAGGUCACUAACGUGUUCACGAAGAAGAUUCUGACGAAGCGGUGCUUGCGGGAAUUGAGGCUUCUGCAUCACUUUAGGGGACACAAGAAUAUUACUUGUCUGUACGAUAUGGACUUGGUCUUUGACCCGCCCGGGUCGGGCAUGUUCAACGAGGUCUACCUUUACGAGGAGCUCAUGGAGGCGGAUCUUCAUGCUAUCAUCCGCUCCGGUCAACCCCUCUCAGACGCCCACUUCCAGUCAUUCAUCUAUCAAACCCUCUGUGGGCUGAAAUACAUCCACUCCGCCAACGUCCUCCACCGUGACCUCAAACCCGGGAACCUCCUUGUCAACGCAGACUGCGAGCUCAAGAUCUGCGAUUUUGGCUUGGCGCGGGGUUUCCAGCCUGGCGCGGCGCAGACGGAUCAGGGCGCUGCCGGGUAUAUGACUGAGUAUGUCGCUACGAGGUGGUACAGAGCUCCGGAGAUCAUGUUGAGCUUUGCGAACUAUACAUCAAGUAUCGAUACUUGGUCCGUCGGGUGCAUCCUCGCUGAGCUCCUCGGCAACAAGCCGAUCUUCAAGGGUGAAGACUAUGUUGACCAGCUCAACAAGAUUCUGAACUAUUUGGGGACGCCAACGGAGGAGACGUUGAGGCGGGUCGGGUCGACAAGGGCGCAGGAAUACAUCCGGUCCCUCCCCAUCAAGCCCAGAAUCCACUUCAAGACCCUCUACCCCAACGCCUCGCCUACCGCGCUUGACCUCCUGCAGAAAUUGCUCGCGUUCGACCCGGCCAAGCGGCUUAGCUGCGAAGAGGCAUUGGCGCAUCCUUAUCUGUCGGUAUGGCACGACCCGGCCGAUGAGCCCGUAUGCGAAGUGCCGUUCGACUUUAGCUUUGAGAAUGAGAAUGAGACGGCGGGGAUGCGGAACUUGAUUAUCAAGGAGGUGCAGACGUUCAGGCAGUUGGUCAGGAGGCAGACGGCGCCGGUUCCGCCUAGAGGUCACGACCUCCCGCCUGCCCCUCCGCCCCCUCAACAGCCUCACGCGGGCGUCGGUCCGGCGUUCGGAGAUGAGGAUGUCAAUACGGGCGCGGACGCUCUGGAACAUCCCGGAAGUGCGCUGGAGAGGGAGUUGGGGCCGAGGCAGUUUUGA